AUGUUGGACGAGGUUGACGCGCAGUAUGAGCGCAUUGUGCGUUUGAUCCCUGUUGACGAGCUCCAGAGCAGCUACAACAGCGUGCAACUAGACGGUAUUAAUUCAGUCGAUCGUGCAGUGGACGGUGUUGUCGCAGCGCUCUCCCGUCUGAAGGAAGUGCGCAACGCAGUGAACAAACUAGCGCAAGACAAGCCUCAGCGUAGUCGCAGUCUUACGAAGACCAUGGGCAGAACGUUAGAGGUGCAACAGGAACUUGAAGUAAAGCUACAGAUGAUGACUAUACUGAUGAGAGCUACAAGUACCAACAAGAAGAGGCAACGGAGUGGACAAGUGACGCGUACUGCGAACACGCAAAGGGACAGUGAUGAGUCCGAGACGGAGUCAAGCUCGAAAUCGAGCUCGGACUCUUCCGAUUCGGAUUCGGAAUCAAGUUCAGAGUCUGAGGAUGAAGCUAUCGCACUAGACCCACGACGGCAAUUUCUUCUCCACCACUCAAAGUCUUCCGCUGUUAUUACCAGCGUAAAUUUGCCACCCAUAGUAAAAACUGCUUCAAGAAACGACGAGCUACCAGCUCACUACACGACCAUGUUCAACAACGUGAAACAAGUACCGAUGGAGCGCAGAGCUGUCUGCAUUUCACGUGCUCUGUAUCAGCUGAAAAAGGUGAUGACGACAGAUGACGUUGGUGAACACAAACAGACAAUCCCCGACUCAAUUACUGAAGUGCUGGGGAUGGAUCACGGAGAGCUGCGACCUUCAGCAUGA